AAUAGUUAGAGUUGUCAGUGAGUUACGGGCGUCGCGCUCUGAUGGUCCUCGUCCGCGACAGGUAACUCCUGAUUCCCGUCCGUUUGCGCAAUCAGUGACCAUGAAACAGAAACAUUUCUUCUUGCUCUUCUUGGGAAUUCUUGCCGCUGAGGUUGCGGCAGCGCAAAAUGGAGAGUUACACAUACCUCUCGAGAGCGAUAAUCAAUUCCCUCCAGAAGAACAUGCAGAAACCGUCGACAUCCCUAUAGAGGGGAGCGGCGACGGAGUUGUUAGUGAACCAGCAGAUACAACCACGGAAACACUUCUAAUACCAAAAAUAGAAGACGUUAAAUCUCCAGUACUCUCUGACAAUGAAACGGAAUCUUCAACUUUCGAAUCAAGCAUAUCCCCCACAUCUGAAACAGCCGACGCUUGCCCAAAACCGUGUGUAUGCAAUAUAGAAGGCGCUACUAAUAAUUUCAUCGUGGAUUGUUCAGGCUACGGACUGACAGAGUUUCCAAAAGUAAUAGAUCCAAGAACUACCACCUUGAACUUGCAGAAUAAUAAGCUCACCGAGAUUCCCAAGGAAAUAUCAGCUUUGAAAAACUUAAAAGUGCUAAACGCUAAUAACAAUCAGAUAAUGGAAUUGGCACCUGGUUCAGUCAGCGAGCUUCCCGAGUUAGUGACUCUAAAGCUAGCUAACAAUCGGCUUAUUGAAUACCCCAGAGAUUUAAAGAACAGUCUUGUCCUAACAAAAUUAGAAGAAUUAGAUUUGGGAGGAAAUGACAUGAGAACUAACCUUGGAGCUGAAGUAUUUCUACAAUUUAAAGCUUUAAAAAAAUUAACUCUAGCGACAUCCACUCCCGAAUUGCUGGAUGGACUAUGUGCAGCUUACAAGGAAACUUUAGAGACCGUAUGCACAGGAAGUUGUGACACGAAAACAUAUGACUGCCCAGAUACGCCUCAAAAUAUAGAAGAAGAUUUAAUUGAAGCUACAUUGCCUGGAAUGAUCGCUUUCAUGGGAGCCAUAGACGGUGAUCCUAAUAUUGAAAAUCCAAACAAUGAUGCUAAUACCACUACCACAGAGAAACCUACGGAAGUGACAGUGUCGCCUCAAACAACAGGUACAUCAAGUGUCGCCGAGUCCACGACUACUACGCAAAAAACUCAAUCGGCGGGAGAAUUUUCAUUACGUACUGCAGUAAACAAAGAACCAGCAGAGCAUGUGGUUUCCAAUUCUAUUGUGGAAAAACCAAAGGAAGAGAAUAAAGCAACUACAAGCCCAACAGAAGUUAAAAUAGGGGCCAAAACUGAGGGCACUAAGACUGGUGGAGUCGAUAAAAGCGUUAUUGGAAUAAUCGUAGCUGGCAUGAUCAUCGUUGUAGCUGUUGUAACUAUAAAAAAGAACUGGAGUUCGAUCAGAAAACGUUUCGGUUCAUCGCCUAGACCACCGAAUAAUCGAACCGAAGCCACUACGAACGGCACUUCGCCGGAAGAAGUUCCAUUACAGGACAAGUCACCUGUUUAAUAUACCCUGUAUGAUAUUUGUAUAAAUGGUUUCGAUCUGAAUGUCAUUUUAACUUGGACAACAUAUAUCACAUCAAGUCGAAAUUAUUAAAAUGUGAUUAUGCCGUAACGUCAUAUUUGUAGUGUGAUAUAUGCGAGGCAAAAAACUAGAAUAAGAUUUACUAAGGUAGCAUAAAAUAUGUAAAUAAAUGUAUACAGUAAUGCUUCAAUAAUAUACAUACCUUGAUUUUGUACAAUUAAAAUAAACAAUACGUUUUUAUAAUAAACUUUUAUACAGUUAUUUAAGUCCUCUAAACAAUUGUGGGUAACGAUAGCGAUUGUUCUUUUGUUUAACAUCGUGUGGUAUGAAGAACUGUUAACUUAAAGACUUCAUUUUCACGAUUCAUAGAAUAAUUUAACAACUUGACUUGUUUUAAAGUUUUAAAAAUUAGCGAAUGUGCCAGGAAUCUAUAAAAAACUUGUUCGCUUCAAGCACCUGUGUAUAAAGUACACCACGGAUACAAGAUAAGAGUUUAAAAAUAAACUUUGUAACGGUACUACAUAAAGUGAAAUUGAAUGUUCAGUCCAAAUUGUAUUACAAAAUUAAAGUACCAGAAUUAGUACUGCAUC